CAUUGUGCGCCGCGCCAUCUGCGCUUCGGCAACCCUCACUACACUGCGCCAUCUACCUAUACAAAGUACAACAAAAUAAUCAAUUUUAAUAUUACACUAUAUGCAACACAGUCCAUCUUAAAAUAAGAUCUGCAACCAAUGCUACACCCUCACGAGCUUAAUUAAGCUGCGCAACACAGCGCAAAUAUCAAAAACACGUGUUUCUUCUGCUAAUCACCGCCUUCCAUCCCGAGAAAAAGUUAAGUAAAAAUGGUUUACAAACGCAAAAAGAUGCAUUAUGGUGAUACUCACCUGAAGCGACGCUGGCGCACCAGUAAUCGCACUAAAGACUUGGAUGAGAUCAAUGCCGACUUACAACCAGAAAAGAUCGACACACUUCUGAACCAGGACGUGGAUCUUGACAAACCCGGCUCAGCCCAGCACUACUGUGUGCAUUGCGCGCGGUACUUCAUUGAUGAUCACGCUCUUCAAGAUCAUUUUCGUACCAAGGUUCAUAAGCGUCGCAUGAAAGCAUUAGAAAUUGAACCAUACACAAUAGAAGAUUCCGAACGAGCUGCAGGCCAAGGCUCGUAUAAAGCUCCGGUAAAACGUAAGAUUGAAACCCAAACUGCUGUCACAUCAGAAUCAGCAGAUGCAAAGAAAUUAAAAAUUGAUGAACAAUAAAUAACAACAGACAGAA